CGUAUUACUCGCUAUAUCUAAGCAUUAUGUAAUCGUAACGUAAUUGUUAUGUAAAUAAAAACAAAGCAAGCGGCCAAUGCAAAAACAAUCGCUCGUACUAUUUUUUUUUCACCAUUUAAAACAAUUAUAACACUCAUUACAAGCCAAAAUUAUAUACAAUAACCAUGGUAAGUAGGACUGGGCUUUAUGCCAGCGUGGUGAAGGCUGAUUUCAACGAUAUAAAUCAGAAAGAUGAAACAAUUGAUAUUACUGGAGUAUCGUGCAACCCAGCACCAAUUGUAUUGAAGCCAUUGGCAUCGUUGUACAAUCCAUAUCCAUAUGGUUGUUCAGUGUUGUGCAAUCAUCCACUGGAUAGUGAAAUUAAAGAUCUAGUAAAAAAAGCUAAGGACGCUUUGGCUUUGGACCCUAAGUCACCACACCGCUAUCCUGAUGUCGAUGAAAUUAACAUUAUCGUACCAGAGGAGCUGUUCAGGAAAUAUACAGAAACAGAUUCUAGAGCUACCAGUCCUAUGCCUACUGUCGUGCAAAAAAAAACUCCAGCUGAAUUAGCAAUAGACAAAUCUCGACUUGUAUUGGAUUUAAAUCGAAGUAGAAGUCAACAGUCAUCGAUUAAAUUUUCGGGUGUUGUGGGUCAAGAUUUUUGUGAAGCGUUGUCUUUAUGUCAUGGUUCGGUGCUUCAUAUACCACAUUAUUUUCGUCCAAAUUAUACAACCAGUAUUUUAGGACGAAAAGUAGAAGUUAAAAAAGAAGUAUUAAAAAGACGACCUCGACACCAAAUCACUAUUACAGAAAAACAAGCAGACAACAUCGCCGUUAAUUUGCGGCAUUUAGAUUUACCCGGUUCUUAUGAUGUGCAAAAAGAUACAGAAGAAAACAAAGAAGUAACUUGGAGAAGAGGAAAACCUGUUAAACCAGGGAAAAAAAAUCAAAAAAAAUCAGGAAAAAAGAAAUCAGGGCAACAUAAUAAAGAAUUUAAAGGAGUCCAAGACCCAUUAGAAACUCAAGUGUCUACUAUAAAUCAAAAUUCAUUAAAUGGUAGUAUAAUUACUGAAAAUGACGCUCAACUAAUUGAAGAAGAGACUAACGAAGAACCAAAAACAAGUUCAUUCAUAGACAUUGAUAUUUUAAAAGAGCUUCAAAGAGAAUUGCACUUACUUGACGUUGAAAAUGAAUUUGAUGUGAAGAAACACAUGGCAUUACAAGAGGCAUACAAAAUGCAACCAAUACUAAUCAAUCAAGAAGUCAAUAAUGAACUAGAGGCAUUAAAACUUAAAUUAGGAAUGAAUACAGAGGUAAUUUUACCAGGUUUACCAAGAACAUUUUCUAGAAAGAACAUAAGGUUCGAAUUACCACUAGACAGAAAAAGCUUAAAAGAUAUGACACCGUUAGAUUAUUUGAGAAGUAAUACAAGUAUUAUUGGGAGCUGUCUAGUCAUAUAUUCGAGAGUUUUCGAAAAAUAUAACACUAACUUAGAGACAAGAACAAUUCAUGAAAAUAAACUCAUAUCUGCAUUAGGAGAAGUGAUGGGCAGACAAUUUUCUAACCAGGAAGCUACAGAUUUGCAUCAGAUGAUUGGAUGGUCAAGUGGUCAAAUUCUGACAUAUCGUGAAUGGUGUGGUUUGUGUGGGGCAGCAGAACGUCUUUUAGGACAUCGUUUUGUUCCGCAACCAUUGAGUAAAGCCCAAGAUCCCUGUAAUGAGGUGGAAAACGCUGAUUUUGCAUUGUUAGACAGGUGGCUUCGAGAUUUGUCACCAGAUAAUUCACUGUAUAAAUUAUUAACUCUAAUUAAAAACACUUAAGUAAUUCAAAUUUUGUCAAGUUUCAA